UCCCGACUCCUCCGGCCGAAGGGGCAUCUCCCAGCCCCGAGGGGCCUCCCCAGCCAUCUCUCCCCGGAGCCCCCGCGGAAGAGGACGCCGGACUAUGGAGCACUGGCGGGACCCCGAGCCUGGGUCGGGUUUGUGGGCAGAGAUCGCCGGGCCUUUCCCGGAAGCUGAAGUGCCUUUACCCGCCCAUGUGCACCCAGGCCAGCAUCCCCUGCCUCUGGCUCAGCCUGGCAGCCCAGCUCAGGAGGAGGAGGAGGAGGAGGGCCAGGAGGAGGUGCCCGGUGGCCUGCCCUGCCCUGCCCAAGCGGACAACGCCUACCUGGGGAUGAGCUCCAGCCUCCGCACACCAGGCCUCCAAGUGGCCCCAGACUCGGCCAGGGGGACUUUCUUCUACUGGGCCAGGUGGGGCAAUGUGGCCCGUCAGCACAAGACAGUGGAGGGCCUGCUGCAGCAACAACAUUGCUUGCGCCUGGCUCGCCACUACUGCCGGCGCCUGAAGGCGGCUUCUGACUUUGUGCGCCGCUUGAUGGAAGCCGAGCGACGUUUUGUGGCGCCUGCUGGCAGGCAGAGCUCUGAGGAGGCCUGGCUGCUGCGGGGACUCUGCCAGGAGCUGCGGGUGCACACCUCUCAUUGGGGCUGCCUGCAGUGCCACCUGCGCAAGGACCCCUGGCUGAGGCCCCUGCUGCUUCGGCAGCCUGAGGCGGUGCAGCGCAUGAAGAGGUCCCUCGGGCUGCUGGCUCUGCAGGCGCUCUGCCUGCUGGAGAGAUGCUUGGAGGCCGUUCUGCAGCACUGGGCCUGUGGGCCGCUUCCUCUGCUCUCAGAGGCCUUCCGAGGCCUGGAGAGCUAUAACCAGGGGCUGAGUGAGUGGGGCCUGCAGGGAGCCAAGCCGGGGCCUGGGGCUCCAGGGCAACAGGGGGUACAGGCUUUCUCUGUGGAGAGGGUGCUGGCUGUCUUGGCUGCUGAAAGAGGACGCCUGGCUGGUGACAGGCUGGCUCUGCUGCUCCCUUGGCAGCAGGCAGGGACCAGCGACCUGAGGCCCACAGCCGCUGACACUUCCGGGGCGGGCGAGGAUCUCCCUGCACACCUGCAGGCCUUGUGCCGAGAGGAGGAGGAGGCGGUCAUGGAGCUGCUGCCAGGAUUGCUUGCGUCCACUGGUGGCCUGAAGCAUCGCCUCCUGCACCGGCCCAAGCAGGACCAACCCCAGGGGACCCCCGGUGCAGCCCAGGGCCUGGCCCCUACCCCACUGCCCAGCUGGAAGUCGUCUGAUGGGCUGGAUGCCUCCUUCGCCGAAGCGGCUGCGAUGCUCUGCGCUGAAUACCGACCCCUCUUCUGGAAAGCGGCGUCGACCUCCUGGGUGCGCCAGCUGGAGCUCCAAGCGAACCAGGCUGAGUGUCAGAGUGGAGCCGGGGCUGCCCUGGGCCAGCGGGUGACCAACAGUCGGGGGGGGGCUUGCCUGCCUGCAGAGGCCGCGGAGGAACUGAAGGAUGUGGCCCUUUGCCUGCUCAGGCGGGAUGCCCUGUGGCAAUGGGACCCAGGGUUCUGCCAUGCUCUGGGUACCAGCCUUGUGGACAGAUGCUCGCCCAAGCCCACGACUGUGGCCUGCAGCCAGACAGGGAAAGUUUUGCAGAGCCUCUUCCUGCUCCUGGCCUUCUGCAUGAGAUGCCUGGAGAGGCAACCUUUCCAUGGUGGCCCAGGGCAGCGCCUGGUCCUUGCCAGCCUCCACCUGUGCCUGCUUUCCCUCGCGGUGGCUACCUGCCAUGCCUCUUCCUACUGGACCAUGAGCAAAGCCUACCAGUACUUGGCCUCCUGGUCCCUCAGCCAAUUCCUUCUUGUGGCCCAAGGGGAUUUGCAGCUGCUGAAAACUGAAGCCAGGAAGAUGUUGGGGCUGGUGAGCAGGGCCUCCUUGGAGGACAGGUGGAAGCAGAGCCCUUUGGCCUUUCAUCGGGAGCGGGAACUGAGCCUGCGAGUCCAUUCGGCAACUACCAGCAUCCAACUUUUUGCCAAUGACGUGCUGGAGUUGUUUUGUCUGGACUGCAGGCGCGUGUCAGCCGAGGUCUUUGGACAGGCCAUGCCGCUUGGCAAAUACUGGCGCCUUGCCCUGCAGGCAGAACCACCCUCCGCUGGCAGCAAGUAUGCCCAGGCUGCAGCCCAAGCCAUCCUAGCGCCAGUCUUGCAAGGUGUCCGGUGGCUUUCCCAGGACUCCCAGGCUCUGGUCCUCAGCCGGGUCACAACGGCCUUCCUGGAAGUCUGGAUGGAGCACAUCCUGGCCCAGAAGAUCAAGUUCAGCCUCCAGGGAGCCCUUCAGCUGAAGCGGGACUUCGAUCUGGUGCGGGAAACCCUGCAGUCGGAGGACUACGAGCUGCCCGCCGAGGUGAAGCAGCUGGUUUCCUCCCUCCGGGCCUUCCAGCAAACGGACAACGCCGUCGCUUGCCUCCUCCAGCAGCCCAGCAAGGGCACCUUGUCCUCCUGCAGCUGGGACGCCCUGCAAAAGUGCUGCUCACGUGAUGGGACGCGGUCCUGGCACGGCAGCCCGGGCAGCCUGAGCAACCUGGAACACCUGGAAGGGCUGCCCGUCCGUGCUCGAGCUGGGCCAGAGAGCUGGGCGGCUGACUUGCUGAGCCGUGCCCCAGGAGGUGGCACAAGCUCCGAGACCUACCUGAGCCUGGCCCAGCAGGAGUGGCUGGCGCUGCGGCUGCAUGGGGCCCGCCGCUGGAGGAUGCCCGCCCUCUCCUGCAUGGACCACCCCUCGGAGGCUUGAUCCCGCUGGGCCUCCAGCCCCUGAUCUCCGCCUGCCCUCCCUCCUCCUGAGCUGCUGGGCCUUCCGGCC